GUGAACGCCACGUUUGCGGGCACAACAGCUCUUCAUGCAGCUUGUGACGCAGGACAUUUGGCAUGUGUAUCAGUGCUGCUCCAGUUCGGUGCAAACAGGCAGUUACGAGAUGGGUGCGGAAACGAGGCGGUACACGCAGCUGCACAAGGAGGGAACGCCAGUAUUCUACGGCUUCUGUUGGCUCCAAGACAACGCUGUGACCCCAGCAGAUCACUGUCACCAGUUACCGAUGUAGAAAACUCCAAUCAGUCUGAAGUUAAUCUAGCCGACUCCGAUGUUGGUAGCUUGGUGGAAGGAAUACGCACAAUUAACUUUUCCGAAGCAGACGAUACUCCAGAUGUGAACUCACGAAACGCGUUGCGCCAAACUCCACUUCAUUUGGCUGUUAGUCGCCAUGAUUUUAUGGUGGUGCAAUGUUUGUUAGAAGAACUAAAUGCCCUGCCGAGUCUACAGGACUGUGACGGUGACACUCCUUUGCACGACGCCAUUGCCGGACAAAAUGCGCGUCUGGUUGAAUUGCUGUUACGACACAAUGCUGAUCUGACAAUAACCAACAAUUCCGGCCAGAAUCCAUUACAUUAUGCCACCGUGUUGGGCGAAGUC